UGUGCAACGUUUGAGGAACAGAAAGUCUAGCUGUUUAUAAGAAUGUAUAAUUACAUUUUUUAAUAAAUUUGAAGUUAGAAAAAAAGUAGAUCUGUGCUACAGCCAGACAGGCUGUGUUGAGUAGUGGUGAUGUGGUGACGCGGCUCGCCGACGGGAGGCUAAAGCAACUUAUCUUGCUAGCUAGCUAGCUGGAUUAGACAUUAGAAAAUGUUUUUGGAAAUCUGAUCUGACUUUUGCUGUCAUGGAAUAUGGAGUAAGAACUGCUUUUUGCUAGGUAGCCGGUGAGGUUACAACUGUUAGUCUACCACUUUGGUUCGUAACUAACGUACUUUUGAGCUAUUUAGCAUAAAUUUAUAGUUUAUUGAGACUGUUGCUAGCUACAGUAGCUAGCAAAUACUUUGAAGUCGUUAUAAACAAACUACAGUAGACAGUGUUGCUACCAGUAAGAUCAUUGUUAAAACUUUCGGGGUACAGCUAGUAAACGAAAUAUAUUCGUCAAGACUUGACACUGUUUUCCAUAUUGGUGUUUUAGGGUACAAUUGGUAGCCAACUCGGUUUACGACUAUCCAGCUGAAGUGUAGCAUAGUCGGUAUGAGUCUGGUUUUGCGGCCUUUGGAAUUAUUUUCUUUUUCGACAGUUGUUUGGACCUUUGGUAGUUUGUAUUUUAUAUUUUUCUAUUAACAUUUUCACGUUACUUUGGAAGCCAAGGCAGAUCUUCGCGAGGUAGAAAAUUAUUUUGCAGCAAAAGAAAAGUGGACAUCAUAAAGGACCUCAGUUAGCUAGCUAGCUAACCUAAGAUACUUAUCAAAGAUGAUGUGUGAGGUGAUGCCUACCAUCAGUGAGGCAGAGGGGCCUCCAGGGGGCGCAGGAGGGGAGCUAGGCUCUGCCUCCCCGCUGCAGUCAGACUCAGAGGGACACUUUGAGUCUCUGAUGGUGUCCAUGCUGGAGGAGCGCGACCGGCUCCUUGACACGCUGCGGGAGACGCAGGAGAACCUGGGGCUGGCACAGGGCCGGCUGCACGAGGUCAGCCACGAGAGAGACUCUCUGCAGAGGCAGCUCAACACCGCCUUGCCUCAGGAGUUUGCAGCGUUGACCAAGGAGGUGAACGUGUGUCGUGAGCAGCUUCUGGAGAGAGAGGAGGAGAUCGCUGAGCUAAAGGCUGAGAGGAACAACACACGGCUGCUGCUGGAGCACCUGGAGUGCCUGGUGUCUCGUCAUGAGCGCAGCCUGAGGAUGACGGUGGUGAAGAGGCAGGCCCAGUCCCCUGCUGGGGUGUCCAGUGAGGUUGAGGUGCUCAAGGCCCUCAAGUCCCUGUUCGAGCAUCACAAAGCGCUGGACGAGAAGGUGAGGGAAAGACUGCGUGUGGCUUUGGAAAGAUGCAGCAUGUUAGAGGAACAGCUGACAUCCACACACAAAGAGUUGGCGUUUUUAGGGGAGCAGAACAGCCAGAAGAGAAUGCUGAUGGAUGGAUCGUCUGGACUCAACAACAACUCUGACACCCCCAGCACCAACGGCAAGCGCUGCUCAGACGGCUCUCUGGGCCAGCGGGAGGAUGUGGAGGAGCUGCAGCAGCGGGCGUCCAGGCAGACGUCAGAGCUGGCCCAGAUGAAGGACUGCAUGGCUGCCAUGUCUGCUCGCAUCAGUGAGCUGGAGGAGGACCUGGACACUGCGCGCAAAGACCUCAUCAAGUCUGAGGACAUAAACACACGCCUGCAGAGAGACCUGCGAGAGUCCAUGGCUCAGAAGGAGGAUAUGGAGGAGAGGAUCACCACUCUAGAGAAGCGCUACCUGGCGGCUCAGCGUGAGGCCACGUCUGUCCACGAUCUCAACGACAAACUGGAGAAUGAGGUGGCCCACAAGGAGGCGCUGUUCCACCAGACAGAGGAGAGGAACAGGCUCCUGCAGGAGCGGCUGGAGCAGGCGGAGCAGAAGCUGCAGCAGACCUUACAGAAGGCCGAGACGCUCCCCGAGGUGGAGGCGGAGUUAGCUCAGCGCGUGGCCGCCCUCAGCAAGGCAGAGGAGCGCCAUGGCAACGUGGAGGAGGGCUUGAGGCAGCUGGAGGCUCAGCUGGAGGAGAAGAACCAGGAGCUUCUCAGGGCGCGGCAGCGGGAGAAGAUGAACGAGGAGCACAACAAGCGUCUGUCGGAGACGGUGGACAAGCUGCUGUCAGAGUCCAAUGAGCGUCUGCAACUCCACCUGAAGGAGAGGAUGUCUGCCCUGGAGGACAAGAACGCGCUCAUACGAGACCUGGAGCAUACCAAGAAGCUGAUUGAGGAGGCCCAUCAUGAGAAGGAGCAACUUCUGAUUCAGAUUGAGACCAUGCGGACGGAAAGUGAUCAGGGCAGGAGCAGAAGUAACUCACUGCUACACGGCCGGUCUGUCAUGAGCAGCACCCCAGACUUCAGGUUCCCUGUGUCGGCCUCUUCCGUGCUGGACAGCCACUCAGACAUGUACAGCAGUGCGCUGGUGCUGCGCCGGCCGCAGAAGGGACGCGUCACAGCGCUCAGAGAUGAGCCUUCCAAGGUCCAAACUCUGAACGAGCAGGAGUGGGAGCGGCUGCAGCAAGCCAACGUGCUGGCCAACGUGGCUCACGCUUUUGAGAAUGACAUGGAUGUGUCUGACCUGGAGGACGACCGUGAGACCAUCUUCAGCUCAGUGGACCUGCUGUCUCCCUCGGGCCAGGCCGAUGCCCAGACACUCGCGCUCAUGCUGCAGGAACAGCUGGAUGCCAUCAACAACGAGAUCAGGAUGAUCCAGGAGGAGAAGGACAGCACCACGAUGCGCACGGAGGAGAUAGAGAGCCGCGUGGGCAGUGGGGACAGCCUGGGGGACAGCCUGGGGGGGCGCUUCCGCUCCCUGGGCUCCAUCCCCCCGUCCCUGGGUGGAGGAGAGGGCUCCUCCCUGGGGGGGUCGCCCCCGGGCUCCGGCCACUCCACCCCCCGUAGGUUCCCUCGCAGCCCCAACCGAGAGGUUGACCGCAUGGGGGUCAUGACCCUGCCUAGUGACCUGCGCAAGCAUCGCAGGAAGUCUGCCCAGGACGACAAGGCCACCAUCAGGUGUGAAACCUCCCCACCCAGCACCCCGCGCUCCAUGCACCUGCGGAAGGGCGCCGGCUACACCUCCAGCCACGAGGACAUCCGGGACAUCCAUGGGAUGAGCCUGCAGGACGGGCAGGGCAGCAACCCCAGCAGCAGCAGCAGCAGCCAGGACUCCCUCAACAAGGCCGCCAAGAAGAAAAGUAUCAAGUCUUCCAUAGGACGUCUGUUUGGCAAGAAAGAGAAGGGUCGAGCAGGCUUCCCAGGCAAGGAGCCCAGCAACCAAGCUGGUACCCCCGAGUCUGAGAGCGGUGCCAAGGACGGGCUGGGUAUGGGGACCCUGGGAGGCCCAGCGGAGAAGAACAGGAGGCUGCAGAAGAAGCAUGAGUUGCUGGAGGAGGCUCGCAGACUGGGCCUGCCCUUCGCCCAGUGGGACGGCCCCACUGUGGUGGUCUGGCUGGAGCUGUGGGUGGGCAUGCCUGCCUGGUACGUGGCGGCGUGCCGGGCCAAUGUGAAGAGUGGCGCCAUCAUGUCUGCGCUGUCGGACACGGAGAUCCAGAGAGAGAUCGGCAUCAGCAACCCAUUGCACCGUCUCAAGCUGCGUCUGGCCAUCCAGGAGAUCAUGUCCCUCACCAGCCCCUCCGCACCACCCACAUCUAGAACGUCCACUGGGAACAUUUGGGUGACGCAUGAAGAGAUGGAGUGCCUGGCGGCCACGCCCCCUACGGAGGAUGACGAGGGUAGCUGGGCCCAGACCUUGGCGUAUGGCGACAUGAACCACGAGUGGAUCGGGAACGAGUGGCUGCCCAGCCUGGGGCUGCCGCAGUACCGCUCUUACUUCAUGGAGUCCCUGGUGGAUGCCCGCAUGCUGGACCACCUCACCAAGAAGGACCUCCGAGGGCAGCUGAAGAUGGUGGACAGCUUCCACAGGAAUAGUUUCCAGUGUGGAGUGAUGUGUCUGAGGAGGCUGAACUACGACAGGAAGGAGCUGGAUAGGAGACAGGAAGACUGCCAGUCAGAGCUCAGAGAUGUUCUGGUCUGGAGCAACGAGCGUGUGAUGAGCUGGGUGGAGUCCAUUGGGCUUAAGGACUACAGCAGCAACCUGCAGGAGAGUGGUGUGCACGGGGCGCUGCUGGCCCUAGACGCCUCCUUCGACCACAACGCCCUGGCGCUGCUGCUGCAGGUUCCCACGCAGAACACACAGGCUCGGUCUGUGUUGGAGCGCGAGUACAACACCCUCCUCGCCGCGGCAACAGAGAGGAGGAUAGAGGAGGAUGAUGAUAAGAGCUUCAGAAGAGCUCCUUCUUGGAGGAAGAAGUUCCGUCCUAAAGACGUGCGUGGCGUUCCCCCUGGCUCCUGCGACACGCUGCCCAUCAUGUCGCCCUCCACGCAGCCAAAGAGAAGCCCCAGUGAUGGUGGAUGUUGGUCAGACGACGAAAAUGAACUGUUUUCCCGUCAGGAAUGGAUGCUGACCUGACCAACAAGAACAAUAAAAAAACAAUUUUUAUUACAGACCGAACAAGUCAUGUUGUCACCAAUAUUUUAUUGCACACCUAAAGGACACAUCAUAGAGUUAUCAAUGUGUAUUAUUAUAUUUAUGUAAAGCAAUGGGACAUUUCAUUUAUUUUAGAUUUUUGCUCUUUUUGCCUCUUCUAAAUCCUCCCUUCCUCCCUGUCCUCAAACGUAUCAAGUGUAAAACUACAUGAAAAUAACUGAAUGAAUGUUUUAAUUGUCUGGAGUGUGUAUAUUUAUCUUUUUUAUCAUCUUUUUGACCAGAUGUAUUUUUCCCCUUGUCCUCUUCUUGGUUUUAUAAUAAUUAAUCUGAUGAUCAUGUGACUUUGAUAUAUUAUAUAAAUUUUAUUUCAUAUGCUCUUAUAUACCUUUUGUAUGUUUCUGCAUAUCAAUCAUGAUGACUUGUAAAUGCGUCUCAUAUGAAUAUCAGAGGAUGACUGGAGAUUCAAGGCAAAUCCUGUGGACGCCUGACACCAGACUGUAACCAUAGCAACCCUCGUACUAACGGGGAUACCAAAACUAAACUCUUAAUGAUGCAAACAGAAGCCAUAAUGCUGUAGCAAAGAUGAUGGCUACUUUGUACAAGUCCUUUACUUCUCCUCACAUGUUGUACUGUAGUUCUCCAUUCCUCAUAACUUCCCACUGCCCAAUCCUAUCCUGCCUUACUCUGAAAUAUGCAUGGUGGUUCACCUGAAGAAGCACAUGACCGAUACUGAGCCUGAUGACGCUCCUCCCCCUCCUGGGUGGGGCUCCUCCCCCUCCUGGAGGCUCCUCCCUGACGGACCAAGGCCAAUGUGGCCUCGAGGGUUGGUGUUUAGCCCUGCCCUGCUGUGACUCCCAAGUGCUGUGAUCUGCCCACACACAAAAAACUUAAUUCCAAGACUUAUCAAGCCUUGUCAUCUGUCACCUACUUUCUUUCCUUUUGUACUGAUUAACUCUUCUAUGUUUUGUUGCUGUUCUGUUUGUAGGAUUUUUAUGAUAUCCCAAGUUUUCCUGAUUCUGGCAAAGCUGUUACUAAAGCCAAGGUCAAAUUAAGAAGUUACUCCUUAUUUGAUAAUGCCGAUUUAAGUGUCCUGCAUACAGGAUUUGGGGGAACACAUAGUUAUCAUUUUAUUGUCUUGUGAUUUGGUAAUUUAUGUACAAUGCACAUCAUGUUAUUGUCCUGUUUUUAAAUUUCUCAUUGGAAAUUGUCCUGAGUGUAACAAAAAUCGUGUAAAGAUUGAGUACUCAUGAACUAUUUUUACCAGUAGUAUUUAUUUCUUACUUUCAAUAAAAUACUGAAACUUGUUUUCCACUGCCAAUAAAAAAGUCUUUAAAGUCCAA